AUUUGAAGAUUGUCUAAUAAAAAUUUUCGCUGUCUACCAUACGGCAGUUCAUUUUGUGAGCCCUAACACUGACAACAUGAAAGAAUUCAUUUGGACAAUUCUGCUGUUUCAAGUCAUCCUAGCCGCUGAUAGAGCAAACCACGCAAAAUUGCGACAACAUGCACAAGACAAUUUCAAAUGUUUGAUUCUUGAGGAAAAUAAUGUACGAACAUUCAAAGGAUUUACAUCUUCUGACACUGACGAGAUUAAAGUUUUCACGAAGCCAGCGAUUUAUGCACCAGCUGAAAUGAUGUUAGCCACAGACCAUAAUUUGAGAGUAAUCGAAAUAUACGCGAAAUCACUAAAUGCCUUAGAAUCCUACAUUGAUUCAAUCUGCAAAUCCAUCGAACUGGUUCCGGCUUUGUCAAUUAAAAAGCGACAAACUAGAGAAAAUCUCGACGUGGAAAGGAUAGUGGACAGUGGUGAUCCAGCUAAUAGAAUAGACGUAGUUUUUAUGGGAGAUGGUUAUACCGCUGAUGAACGGAAACAAUUUUUUAGUGACAUUCGUAGAUUGACUGAUGAUAUGUUCAAUGGUGAAACCUUUCGGUCAUAUCUUCCUCUUUUCAAUAUUUGGGCUGUGUUUGUCGAUAGUGUGGAGAGUGGAAUUGGAUACGAUGGGCCGAAGGAUACCGCCUUUAGACUUUAUCGAACAGCAGGUACACUGAGAGGAGUGUUCACAGCUAAUGCACAGUUUGCACGGCAAAUUUGCCAAGAAAUGGGACCUGCAUCGUGUGACUAUCCAUCUAUCAUUGGCAAUGAUGAUUAUUAUGGGGGCUUAGAAGGUGAAUUUGUAAUUUCCACGAAAUCUAAUAGAACAGGAACGGUUGUUCUGAGACACGAAAUGGGACACAAUUUUGUAAACGUAGGAGAAGAGUACGAUAACGGAUCUUCGUAUUUCGGUGUAAAUUCUGCAUCUAAUCUAGCCAAUGUCACACAUAAAUGGGGUCAUUGGCUAACUGGACAAAGCGUACGCGAAGAGAAAGCAACAUAUAGAUUACUAGCCUAUCCAUGGGCAGAUCUUUCCCGCGGUCAGCAGUCGUUUGCAUUCACAUCUGAUGGAAAUUAUUCCAGAUGGUACAUUCUUGUGUCAGUCAGCGCUGCUGGCGAAGAAGAUUCACUUGAAUUCGUGCUAGAUGGAGAAGUUCUUCCGUGGCAAUCGAGAAUGUCUGAUGACAGAGAAUUUUACGACUGGCACGGUAACGAAGGCUUUACGGCAGGUGAACAUUCUUUCAUUGUACGGUCGUUGACUCCAUCAACGAAUCCAAAUAUUCCCAGAAUGAUCUGCUCAAUAACAAUUCAUGAGUUUGGAACGGAGGAAGAAUUUCAGAGUCAAAAUGAUAUUAUAUCGGCGUUCCCAACUUGGGAUGUAGCUAGGAGAGUAACAUAUCGCCCAACCAAUGCAGGAUGUCUGAUGAGAAACAUGACGUCGAACUAUUUCUGUUCUGUUUGUAAAGAGGGAAUGUGGUACCAAUUUUUGCAGAGAAUUUCCCUAAUUGAUGAAGUCAAGGUGCACCAAACACCGAAUGCGGAUAGAACUAAACGAGUUGUGUUGAACACAUUGAAGCUAGGACAACUACGGGAAGGCGGAACGGAAAUAGACAAUGAAAGAUUAGAAAUUAGAUGGUCCCAUGGUGGAUUAGAUAGACCAGAAUUUGAUGAUAGGUUUGAAAUUGAUGCAGAAGGUGGUGCAUGGUCGGUGUUUGUAAAAUUUUUCACACCGGAAGUACUGUACGACCCGAACGGAUUAUUGCAGGACGUGGAGCAUUUUACUGUGACAUUCCAAGCGAAUUCAACAUCUACAGGAACGCCUUAA